CGCUUGCUUUCCAUUUACAAAGUGGCGUUGACCAGUAGUUUACUAGUUUACUGAUGAAUUAGCUGUUUGGCACCACUGGCUUGUUUAGUCUGUCGGCAGAAUAAAACAUGUCCAAGCACAAAACAUCCGCAAAGAAGUUAAUUAUUGAAGAUGACGAGCAGCAAGAUGACGGAUGUGAGCUGAAUCCCUUUUCCUUCAAAGAAUUCAUACGGACCAAAAAUCAAUAUUCAAAUACUGAGGGGCAUCUUGAGGGAAAGAACCAUUUGACAAAAAAGAAAACUCACGGCAGUGCAUAUGUGGCAGAUGACAGUUACACCCUCUCAAAUGAUUUUGACAUCAGGCAUAAAGGGCACUUCUUCACUAAUUCUAAAUCAGUGAGUGAGUGUCUUGAGAGUGAACCUGAUAAUGAGGAGGAGUGGACUGAGAGUUAUCAGCCAUCAGCCGUUGAAGAGGCCCAUGAGUUGGGACUUUGUGGAACUUUAGACAACAGCACUUUCUUUGAUCAGUUGUCUCUGGCUGGUGAAGAAAAGGAUGAGACAGCAAAUGAGUGGCAAUCAGAUGAAGAGAUAUCUCCCAAAAUCCACACAUCCAGAAAAAGCACAGGGAGCUAUGAGGGAGAUGAGGAAACAUCGAUCGCUGAUUUAUCAUUCCAUCUCGGGAAGAACAGUGGUGGAGAUGGGCGAAGAGACCAACACAAGCUAAGAGAAGAAAACUCACAGCUGAGGAAACACAUCAAAGAGCUCCUAAAAAAGUCAGAGGCAGAUUCCGUCAGAAUCGAACACCUCACAGAUGAAUUGCACAAAAGGAAACUGCAGGAGGAAAGAGAAGCAAAGACUCUGGAGACAAUGGUGCAAUCUGUGGAACAAAACCUUCAGUCAAUGACUAAACGAGCUGUCAAGGCUGAAAACAGUGUCUCGAAACUAAAACAGGAAGUUCACCAGCUACAGAGCCAACUUGAAGGAUACAAGUCUGAGAACGAGAGACUUCGAGCUAGUGAAACUGCAGCUUUGAACACAAUGAGACAUAAUGCACAGCUGGCUUCAGAGUACCUCAGUAAAGCAGCCCAAGAGGCUGAGACAUCCAUCAAGCAAUUGCUCACGGGAACAGAGACAUUAUGCCUCGCUUCUCAGUUAUUAAGUUCCAUCGACAAGAUCUCAGAGAUCCAUAAGUAAUUGACCUAUUACUGCAUAAGCAUAUACCUAUUACCAUUACUCUCCUGCCAGUUCUUGAUUUCUUCACAAUAUUAUCAUGAUCCAGCUCCAUGUCCUAUAAGGACAUCGCAGUUUUGCUUAUGUAACCAUUGCAGUGAUGGGUGUUUGCUGAAAUUGCAAUGCUUUAAGGUCAUUAAUAUAUAAGGCCACUAUUUUAUUGCACAUUCCUUCAAGUCUUUUUGUCUGUGUUACUGAGAAGACAGAAGGUGAGAAAAGAUAACAAAGACUGUAAAGAAGAUCAUGUUUUCAUGAUCAGGUCAGCAUCUGAAUCUAA